GGCACACUGAAGCUCUCGCCCAUGGUAAAAACCAUUCACAGUUUGCACGCUGUGUUCUUCGAAGCCGUUACAAUGUUCCCCAGGGUGAUAUUGAAGGGAACUAUGAUCAAAAAAUCUCAACAAAAGAAAAGAACAUCACCAAGUAACUACAAGGAGAGGUUCUUUGUUCUAGACACUCAGGACCUGAAAUAUUCUGAACGCCGUUCGGGGAAAAAGCCCAUGCUGAAAGGUUGCAUCGAGCUGUCCAGGAUUAAAUGUGUGGAGAUUGUCUGCAGUGAUAUCCCGAUACCAUGCAACAACAAGUACCCUUUUCAGGUUUUUCAUGACAGUUAUUACCUCUACAUCUUCGCCCCAGACAAUGACUGCCGUCAGAGAUGGGUCCGAGCCCUCAAAGAGGAGACGAAGCACAACAAUUUGGUUACAAAGUAUCACCCAAACUUCUGGAUGGAGGGAAAAUGGAGAUGCUGCCACCAAACUGAGAAGCUGGCAGCAGGCUGUCAAAUCUACGACCCUGUGGGUUACGCAUCUAAAAAGCCUCUUCCCCAGCUACCGGAUCUAGAGAUGGGGCUCGAUGAUUCAGGCGAUAAGAUGGUCAUCGCUCUGCAAGACUACGUGCCAAUGAGAGACGACGAUUUGCCUCUUCAGAAAGAUCGAGAGUAUCGGCUGAUCAACAGUUCCCACUCAGACUGGUGGACCGUGCAGGACGACAGGGGACAUGCAGGGUUUGUGCCCAGCACAUACGUAGCUGAGAAAAGUGGCACGAACUUUGAGCGAUUUGACUGGUACAACAAGCACAUUAGCAGAUGGGAGGCCGAGGAAUUGUUAUUGAAAGAGGGAAAAGAAGGCGCAUUCAUGGUGCGUGACUCAAGACAGGCUGGAGUCUACACGGUGUCAGUUUUCACCAAAGCUCCUGGAUCUAACGGCGAGAAGAACCCCAGAGUGAAACAUUACCAAAUAAGACAGACGGACCCGGAGAAUAAAUCGUUCUACUUGGCAGAGAAGUACCUGUUCAGCACCAUCCCCGAGCUGAUCAAUUACCACCAACACAACGCUGCCGGUCUGAUAACGAGGCUGAGACACCCCAUCUCUAAAGAAGAGCGCAGCUCCCAGGAGAUUGCUGGCCCAUCAAAAGAUCAAUGGGAGAUAGACCCCGAGGAGCUGAUUCUGGGUCAGGAGAUCGGCAGUGGACAGUUCGGCCUCGUGCUGGAGGGGAAGUGGAUGGACAGGAAGGUGGCGGUGAAGAUGGUUAGAGAGGACUGCAUGUCCAAUGAGGAGUUCAAAGAGGAGGCCAUGGUUAUGAUGAGGCUGUCUCACUGUAAGCUUGUGCAGCUGUACGGCGUGUGCACCCAGCGCUCCCCCAUGUGUCUGGUGUUCGAGUACAUGGAGGGCGGCUGCCUGUCGGACUACUUGCGGGAGAAGAAAGGACAUUUGCCCCAGGAUCUGAUGCUGGGAAUGUGUCUGGAUGUCAGUGAAGGGAUGGCCUACCUGGAGAGCUCCAACUUCAUCCACAGAGAUCUGGCUGCUAGGAACUGUCUUGUCGCGAAAAACAAUGAGGUGAAGGUGUCUGAUUUUGGCAUGACCAGAUAUGUUCUUGACGACCAGUACACAAGCUCCCAAGGCUCCAAGUUUCCCGUCAAGUGGUCCGCCCCAGAGGUCAUCAAGUACUCCAAGUUCAGCAGCAAGUCUGACGUCUGGUCAUUUGGUGUACUUAUGUGGGAGAUUUACAACGAGGGGCGUCUUCCCUACGAGAACCGCUCUAAUGCAGAGGUCGUGGAGUCCCUAAACGCAGGCAUGAGGCUCCUGAAGCCGCGUUUGGCCCCUGACCAGGUCCACAUGCUGAUGGAGUGGUGCUGGAAGGAGAAACCUGAAGAUCGUCCGUCCUUUGCUCUUCUCCUGCAUGAACUAGCUGCCUUCGCGGACCUCUGAAGCAAAUGAAGAUUUGAGACAGUCUUAAACACAUUUAUUUUAUUUAUUUAUUUAUUUAGUCCCAUGUUGCUCAAGACGUUCCAAGGGUUUGUGAAGUAAAUGUAGUUAUGAAUUAAAAAAAAUGUGUUUCUUUUGUGUA